UCCCCCCCAUGUUACUCGUAUAAAUAACAACCGCAAAAUCGGUUAGCACGUGUCUAGACUCCACGUUGACAACCCAGUCGCUCCGUGCUUUAACUGAGAAAACACUGACGCAAGGCCAGCAUGUCGGUCGACAGUGUGUUUCGGACCCGAUCGCUUGGCGUGGCCGCUGAGGGUCUUCCUGAUCAGUACGCGGACGGCAAAGCAGCAAAAGUCUGGCAGCUCUACAUUGGAAACACGCAGAGCAGGACGCAGGAGUACAAAAGCUGGGUGGUGUCACUGUUGAAAAAACACGGUGUCCGAAGAGUGCUGGAUGUUGCCUGCGGAACAGGGGUGGACUCCAUUAUGUUGGUGGAGGAGGGCUUCAAUGUGGUGAGUGUCGAUGCCAGCGACAAAAUGCUCAAGUAUGCACUGAAGGCGAGAUGGGAGAGAAGAAAAGAAGCAGCGUUUGACCAAUGGGUGAUUGAAGAAGCCAACUGGCUGACGCUCCCAGAAGACAUCCAGAAACCAGGAGGAGACGGUUUUGACGCGGUUAUUUGCCUUGGCAACUCAUUCGCCCACUUGCCAGAUUUUAAAGGGGACCAGAGUGACCAAAAGUUGGCUCUCCAGAAUAUCGCAAGCAUGGUCAAACCAGGUGGAAUCCUCAUCAUCGACCACCGCAACUAUGACUACAUCCUAGAGACUGGGCGGGCACCGCAAGGAAAAAAUGUUUACUACAAGAGCGAUCUUACUCAGGACAUUUCCACUUCUGUGCUGUGGGUAAACAAUAAGCCGCAUAUGAUCACUCUGGACUACACCAUCCAAGUUCCUCAGGCCACUCCUCAGAGCCUGCCUGAGGUCAGUAAAUUCCGUCUCUCCUACUACCCUCACCGCCUGGAGAACUUUAAAGAACUGCUGCAUGAAGCCUUCAACGGCAAAGUGGAUCACAACGUCUACGGCGAUUUCAUGGCAUACGUCCCUGGUCAAGCUCAUGCGCCGUGCUACUUCAUCCACGUUUGCCAAAAGACUGCAUAAGCCACACAGAGAAGACUAGUAUGGGAAUUUGUUUUCGGUUCAACCAGUGAUUCUCCCAAAUUUCGUGUUCAUUUCAUCUGAAAUUUUAAAUCUCACACAUUUGAUCUGGUGAGUUCAGCUUUCUGAUUAACUUUCCGAAUGAGUAGCUUCAAUUAACAAGGUUGCGCAGUAUCCAUUUAGCCACACAAAAAAAUGACGGAUUUAGCUGUCUGCUAUUUUUUUUCUUUUUUCUUUUUUUUUUUUUUGACAGGUACGUAAUUCUUUUUUGUUUACCAGCUGGAUCUUAAAACACCGCUAAGUUCAUACAUUGACCUUUUUUUGUCAGGGGAAAAAAAGCUUGAGAAAAGCUCUCAUGUAUACAAUUUUCUGUCUUUUAGGUAAGCAAUCUAAUCAGUUCAACUUGGUUGCAAGGUUAACUUGUGUGUUCUGCUCCUCUGUUUCAAUUUACAUUUUGAGCUGGAAAUCCGGCACAGUUGUUGACAUCAGACCGGCAGGAAUGUUUUUGAGAACCGACCUGACGUCUUGUAGUUGCAUGUACACUUUCCAUUCAUCAAGAUGUUUUGAGCUCAAAGCCCCUUGAAGGCCAAAUGAUCAAACGUGGUGACUGGUUAACAGCUCUCACUGUCUUUUGGCUUCUGACAAUAGAACGGUUCCUUUUUGACUCGGUUUAUGAAUGAAGCAGAAAAUAGUGUCACUUUUGUGUGAUGGAUGUGGGGGAAAAAAAGAAUCCUCUGCUUAAUUCUGUAUUACUUGGACGUGCUGUAACGUUUGAACACACGAUCAUCUUCAAACCUGCUUUCAAUCAAAGAUUUUUUUUCAUUUUGUCUUUUACUUUCCUCAGUCUUUGAUUUACACCUUGCACAGAAAUUGACACGUGUUGAGAAAUUUAUUGGCUUAUGUUGAUCCUAAACAUGCAAAAUAAAAUGCAUGGAGAGAGGACAGCGAGAAAAUCUCAUCAAGGCUACUGGCCCCCUGUCGUUUGUCUCACGGCGUCAUAGCAAAUCCGUGUCUAUGUUGAAAUGUGUGGGACUGUACACAUGAUUCCUUUUAUAGCAGAAGGCUGAAAUGCAUUGAGUGAAGGCAUUUCUUGAGAACAUUUCACAAUAGUCUUAUGUUGCUGGUUCUUAAAAGACUUUCAGUUGUAAGAUGUUGCAUAAAAAUACAUUAAAUAUUUUAUUUUGUGCC